UGCAGGCGAUGACUCAGGAUGCAGCCAGGGGCCACGACGUGCACGGAGGACCGCAUCCAGCAUGCCCUGGAGCGCUGCUUGCACGGGCUCAGCCUCAGCCGACGUUCUACUUCCUGGUCAGCUGGACUGUGUCUAAACUGUUGGAGCCUUCAGGAGCUGGUCAGCAGGGACCCGGGCCACUUCCUUAUCCUCCUUGAGCAGAUCCUGAAGAAAACCCGAGAGGUCCAGGAGAAGGGCACCUACGACCUCCUGGCCCCUCUGGCCCUGCUCUUCUACUCCACAGUUCUCUGCACGCCACACUUCCCACCCGACUCAGAUCUCCUUCUGAAGGCAGCCAGAACCUACCACCGGUUCCUGACCUGGCCUGUUCCCUACUGCAGCAUCUGCCAGGAACUGCUCACCUUCAUCGAUGCGGAACUCAAGGCCCCAGGGAUCUCCUACCAGAGGCUGGUGAGGGCCGAGCAGGGCCUGCCCACCAGGAGUCACCGCAGCUCCACCGUCACCGUGCUGCUGCUGAACCCACUGGAGGUGCAGGCCGAGUUCCUGGCUGUGGCCAACAAGCUCAGCGCACCUGAGCAAUCGCCCCAUGGUACAUACACCACGCUGCUCCUGCACACCUUCCAGGCCACCUUCGGGACGCACUGUGACCUCCCAGGCCUGCACUGCAGACUGCAGUCCAAGACCCUGGCUGAGCUUGAGGACAUCUUUACGGCGACCACAGAGGCACAGGAGUUGGCCGCUGGCAUCAGGGAUGCAGCCGAAGCUCGGCAGUGGCUCAGGACCCAGCUACAGGCGGUGGGGGAGAAAGCUGGCUUCCUUGGCGUCUUAGACACUGCAAACCCGGGCAAGCUCCACACCAUCCCCAUCCCUGUGGCCCGGUGCUACACCUACAGCUGGAACCAGGACAGCUUUGACAUCCUGAAGGAAAUCCUGCUCAAGGAGCAGGAACUGCUCCAGCCAGAGAUCCUGGGAGACGAUGAAGAGGAAGAAGAGGAGGAUGAAGAGGAAGACUUGGACACUGACCGGCACUGUGCCAAGAGGGACUCCGUGCUCUCCACCAGCUCCAGGGCCUCGCGGGACUCUGCCCUGUCACUGGCCUCCUCCCAGGCCUCAGGGGCGGCCCUCUCCCGCCAGCUGCUGAGCUCCUUCGUCUCUGGCCUCUCAGACGGCGUGGACAGCGGCUACGUGGAGGACAUCGAGGAGAGCGCCCCGGAGUGGCCGCGGAAGCCCAGCAGCCAGGAGCCGCACGGCCACCACAGGCCCGGGCAGAAGUUCAACCGCAUCUAUAAACUCUUCAAAAGCACCAGCCAGCUGGUGCUGCGCAGGGACUCGCGGAGCCUGGAGGGCGGCGUGGAGGCGAGCCUGCCGCUGCGGCGCGCGGGGAGCCUCUGCAACCCCUCGGAUGGCGCGGCCCCGCCGCCCACCCGCGCGCAGCGCUCGCGCUCCCUGCCGCAGCCCAAGCUCCGCGCGCAGCUGCCCAGCUGGCUCCUGGCCCCCGCCGCCCGCCACCAGCGCCGCAGGCCCUUUCUCAGCGGGGAUGAGGACCCCAAGGCCUCCACGCUCCGGGUGGUCGUCUUCGGCUCCGAUCGGAUUUCUGGCAAGGUGGCGCGGGCUUACAGCAACCUCCGGAGGCUGGAGAACAGUCGCCCGCUCCUCACUCGCUUCUUUAAGCUGCAGUUCUUCUACGUGCCAGUGAAGCGAAGCCUCGGGGCGGCAUCCACUGGCUGCCCGUCCCCUCCAAGCCAGACGCCUGCAGCCCCUACCGACUCCCCGAGGCACCCCAGCCCUACAGAGCUGGGCUCAGUGCCCUGGGAGGAGAGCACCAAUGACAUCUCCCACUACCUCGGCAUGCUGGACCCCUGGUAUGAGCGCAACGUGCUGGGCCUCAUGCACUUACCCCCGGAAGUCUUGUGCCAGCAGUCUCUGAAGCCUGAAUUGAGGCCCCUGGUGGGCUCCCCUGCCCAGCUGCCCAUCCUGGCAGACAUGCUGCUCUACUACUGCCGCUUCGCCGCCCGCCCGGUGCUGCUGCAGGUCUACCAGACAGAGCUGACCUUCAUCACUGGGGAGAAGACCACUGAGAUCUUCAUUCAGUCCCUGGAGCUGGGUCACUCUGCUGCCACCAGAGCCAUCAAGGCUUCGGGUCGUGGCAGUAAGCGACUGGGUAUCGAUGGCGACCGGGAGGCAGUCCCUCUAACACUACAGAUUAUUUACAGCAAGGGGGCCAUCAGUGGACGGAGUCGCUGGAGCAACAUGGAGAAGGUCUGUACCUCUGUCAACCUCAACAAAGCCUGCCGGAAGCCGGAGGAGCUAGACUCCAGCACAGAGGCCCUGACGCUAACCCUGACAGAAGUGGUGAAGAGGCAGAACCCCAAAUCCAAGAAGGGCUUCAACCAGAUCAGCACAUCACAGGUCAAGGUGGACAAGGUGCAGAUCAUUGGCUCCAACAGCUGCCCCUUUGCCGUUUGUCUGGACCAGGACGAGAGGAAGAUCCUGCAGAGUGUGGUCAGGUGUGAGAUCUUGCCCUGCUACAAGCCAGAGAAGAGCAGCCUCCGGCCUCCACAUCAGACCUCCUACUAUCCUCCGGCCCAGGCUGAGCCCGAUCUCUGCUCCCUCCUCUGCCUGCCCAUCAUGACUUUCAGUGGCGCUCUGCCCUAG